UUAGCUUGGUUAGUUAGCUAGCCGCGAAAAGCUUGAUUGUGUACCCGCUGUUUACAUUUUUUAUUCUUCUGAACGCGCCGAGAGGACUGCGCAUUGCCGUUUGAUUACUGUCUUCUCACGCCUCUGAGAAAGGAUAAUCGCCGGGCCUUGUGUUUGCACGCAUCCCAAUGAUGAGUUAUGCUGAAAAGCCAGAAGACAUCACAAAAGAAGAGUGGAUGGACAAACUGAACAAUGUUCAUAUACAGAGGGCGGACAUGAACCGGCUCAUUAUGAAUUACCUGGUGACAGAGGGAUUUAAAGAGGCAGCAGAGAAGUUUCGGAUGGAGUCUGGUAUCGAGCCAAGUGUGGACCUGGACUCGCUUGAUGAAAGGAUAAAGAUCAGAGAGAUGAUCCUGAAGGGACAGAUACAGGAAGCUAUUGCGCUCAUCAAUAGCCUACACCCAGAGCUGCUUGACACCAACCGAUACUUGUAUUUUCAUCUGCAGCAGCAACAUUUGAUUGAGUUAAUCAGGCUAAGAGAGACUGAGUCAGCACUGGAGUUUGCCCAGACACAACUGGCCGAGCAAGGGGAGGAGAGCCGAGAGUGUCUGACAGAGAUGGAGAGGACACUAGCCCUCCUGGCCUUUGACAACCCAGAGGAGUCGCCCUUUGGAGACCUGCUCAACAUGAUGCAACGGCAAAAGGUGUGGAGUGAAGUGAACCAAGCUGUGCUGGACUAUGAAAACAGGGAGUCGACACCCAAACUGGCCAAACUCUUGAAGUUACUGCUGUGGGCACAGAAUGAGCUGGACCAGAAGAAGGUGAAAUAUCCCAAAAUGACUGACCUUAGCACGGGCACCAUCGAGGACCCCAAGUGAGCAUAGCAGAAAAGAACAACCACCUUCCACGUCUCCUUAAUUUAUGAUCAGUCAGUGACUGUGUGACAACCAGGUAACAUAUAUGUAAAAACAAAUUCUACAUUGUUUUUUCAUGUUUCAUUCAUGAGAAGUUAAACUUAACUCAUUGUGCAAACUGUAAAUUGCUGUAUUUGCAAAGUGACAGAAAUUAUUUAGUUUAAAUACUGAUCCUGGAUUUUUAGAAAGAUCUCGGAGACAACAACAUUCAAAUUGCUGUUUUAUAUUUUGUCUUUCUAAAGCCUAAGCCAGUAGUAUUAUUUAUUGUGACCUCUUUUCCACAAAGAUGUUAUUUUGCCAGAGAGAGAGAGAUGAUGGUAUGGAAGAACAAUGUUAAUACUGUGGUGUGCGGGGAGCCAAAGUCAAAGGUCAACUCUGAUAGUUUCAAACUUUGAAACAGCGGAUACACAGUCUCCCUUUUUAAUGAAGAUAUGUUAAGAUUGACAUGACACAGUAAUCUUAACAAAAUUUAGAACUCAAAUUUCUUACACAAAAUGUGAAUAUUUUUCAGUUAAAUUGAAAGAUACAUUUUAUUAAUGUUAUAUAAUUUUAAUUAAUAUUAUAUUUUACUGUUUUAUUUAGUAUAAUGUUUGACAAUUUGCUAUAAAAUCAACCACCUUGAAAUUUGAUUGUACCUUUGCAGUACGUUUAUGGGAUGAACUGCUUGUAAAAUGAUCAUUUCACGUAUGUGUUUGAGAAGGUGGAAUAGGUCCUGACUGACAGGUUGAAAUCAGAGAUGGCUUUCUUGCUGAGCUGAGCCCCCCCCCUCCCACUGCCAAACCUUUUCAAGCCUGCAGAGUGUUCUGCCCCCAGCAUGUUCCAAAUGGUUGUGUUUGGUUUUGUGGUAUGGGGGGGGUUGAGGUGACGAUAAUGUUUUGGCGAUCUCAGUGAUGGAGGCAGGUUUUAUACACUUCUUGAGAGAAAGGGUUGCUGCAAUCAAGAAAUGCUACGGUAAUGCGGGGGCUGUUAUGGCUGCUUUCUAGUUUAAACUCUUGUAUUUUAAAAAUCCAGUCAGACUGCAAAUGAUUUUGUUCAUUGGCUUUGUUUUGAUAAUCAGUAACAAUGAUCAAAAGCAUUGAAAUUGUGAAUCUGAACUGGCCGGUCACAGCACUUGCUGUCCAUUUUGCCACUUUAGUAUUUUCACUUUAACUGCAUGUAAGUGUACCUUUUUUUUUUUUUUUCAAUGGGGAAAGGCACUUGUGCUUGCUCAUUUUGUUUGGUUGGUUUACUUUUAUAAAAAAGAAAACCGAAAAAAAAACAAACUUGCUGCUAGUCGUCCAUCCUUCUUUUAAGGUUGUGUUGUCUUUAUAGAUAUUGGCUUUGACAAACACUGAGACCCAGAGAGCUCACAUCCCUUUUAUUAUUCAACAUUUUUAAGAUCAGAUUUGCAAUUAUUAAAAUAAACAAAACUUUUG